AAUCCCUUCAAACCCUCUUCCCCCUUCCCUUCUUCCCUAAUCGCCAUUGCCGAAGCCUCUCUGUUUUCAAGCUUUUCUGGUUCUUCUUCUUCUUCCUCCCCAGAAAUCUGAGAUUUUAUCUUCUGGGUGUUCAUAAUCUUCACCCACAUAGCCCCUCCAUUCUUGAUGUUCAAUACUCUGUUCUUGAUGUUUGAAAUUCAUGCAUCUAAUUCUCAGUGAACCCAUCCUCUGUUCUGGUUGUAUGAUCAUAAUCUCCACAUUCCGCCGCCAUCACCUCGUUCAAUCCUUCUCUGUUGUUUUCCUUUACUUUCUUUACUAUGUUUCAUGAUAUGGCCCCUUAAAAAAAACACCCCAUAAUCCAAAUCAUUAAAAAAAAAAAACAAAAUUAAUAGCUGUUCUCAGUCCUGUUAUUGCUCUGUUUUUCUCUGUUGUGCUCUGUUUUUCUCUGUUUUUUUUGUUGGGUUUGUCGUUUUAAUGGCUUCCUCUAGUGGGACAUCUUCGACUUCUUCAUCCAUGGAAGAAGGGGAACUGGCGGCGUUGAUGGAACAGAGGAAGAGGAAGAGAAUGAUUUCGAAUCGGGAAUCGGCGAGGAGAUCGAGGAUGAGGAAGCAAAAGCAUUUGGAUGAGUUAAUGGCGAUGGUGGCGCAGCUCAGGAAGGAUAAUCAACAAAUCGUGGCUAAUCUUGGUGUUACAACGCAGCACUACGCCGCCGUGGAGGCUGAGAAUUCCAUUCUCAGAGCUCAGGCGGCUGAGCUCGGUCAUCGCCUCCAGUCCUUGAAUGAAAUCAUUUCUUUCUUGAAUCCGUCUGAUGGGGUUUUUGAAGAUGCUUGUAAUGAUUCCUACGGCGUCCACGGCGGCGGCGGUGGAGGGGAUUUUAAUCCUCUCCAAAUGGCUUUCUUUAUGAGCCAGCCUCUUAUGGAGUACUGAAAUUUGGGGACUUCUCUUUCUCUCUCUACUGGUAUGAAUUUUCUCGGCAUCCAAACAAGGAGAGAGAAAGAGAAGGGCAGUGUUCUUAGGGUCAAAAUUGGAUUUUUUUUUUUUUUUUUUUUUU